AAUUAAUUUAAUUAAAAUUACACAAAGUUGGAUCGAUGGUUAGAUUAAUUUUUAUAUAUCAAUUACACAUUUGAAAGAAGUGGGAGAGUCCUCGUAAUCGUAUGUGAUGUCUCAUCCACCAAGACCGGAAAAUACUUUAGGGUUUUCUUUUCGCCACUUCUUAUUCCCAUAACCACCGCCAGCGCCCGUCCGACCACGAUGCCGAAACUCUCCCUCUCUCACCUCUCCUCUCUCUUCCGCUCAUCCUCUCUCUCUCCUGCACCUUCUUUUUCUCCUUCUCGCCUCUCCAUUUCACCGUUCAUUGGCUCAGAUGCGCCUUCACGCAUGUCCUCCCUCCACCGAUCAGAUCUCACUGGAUCCCUUCAACCACACAACCAGUUCUCAGGCUGUCUUCGUGAUUCUGCUAAUGUGGGCCGAGAGAUUGUAGGACGUGGUUGGAAAUCCAUGGGAGUUCAGGGUCCUAGUUCGGGUUUGGCGCGUCCAAGUGAAGGUGUCUCCAUUCCUUAUUCUAUUAGCUCUAGAUGUUAUGGAGAGUAUGACAACCGGCCUAAUCCUCCAGAUACAGGAAGGAAUCUUAAGCCUAUGAACUUCGUGAGGGGAAUUUUAGAGGAAGAGGAAAGGGGUUUUUUUGGUACUCCUCAGUUCCUUAGGCCAUCCAAUAUGGAACACAAUGCUGAUAUCGUUCAUAUAAAGCUGAUGCGUAACAAUUCAUUUGUCACUGUUACGGAUAACAAGGGAAAUACAAAGCUCAAGGCCUCUGCUGGUCGUCUUGAAGGAGGGGCUAAACUGUCUCGUUAUUCUGCUGAUUCAAUUGCAGAGUAUGUUGGUCGUGAAUCUAGAAAAUUGGGGCUAAAAUCAGUUGUGAUGAGGGUUAAAGGCUUUACUUUUUUUAAGAAGAAAAAGCAAGCCAUCUUGAGUUGGAGAGAUGGAUUUACUGAUUCUAGAACUGACCAAAAUCCGAUUGUUUACGUUGAAGAUACGACGAGACGUGCACACAAUGGUUGCCGACUCCCAAAGAAACGCCGUGUCUAGAUUUACCGUGUUGUCUUCAUUUUCUUAUAUCUUUGCUGGCUCAGUUUCGAAUUUUUGUAGCUAGCUUGCCUUCAAGUUCUUACUUGCUUGUUACAAUAAUGAUGACAAUAGAAUGGUUUUCUAUAUACAUCAGUGUAAAACAUUUGCUUUUUAGUUAUUACCAUAUGGACUUCAUUUCAAUAGAACGAUAUCAAGAGUUUAAGUGGCCCCCA